AUGGAGGUAGUCCUGCUCAGACCCCCUUUCGACAGUCCCACACACUGGCAGAGUGCGCAUCAAGCAGAUCCUGAGCACCGGAGUGGCAACCAUGGCCAUAAAGAACCUGUUGAAGAUGUUACAGUUUGGAGCGAGUCGAUCGAAAAGCUACUGGAGUCCACAGCUGGGAUGCAUGCCUUUACGGAGUUCCUGAAGUCCGAGUACAGUGAGGAAAACAUUCUGUUUUGGCAAGCAUGCAAGGAAUACAAGAAGAUCUCGUGCCGGACAGAAAUGACGUGCGAGGCCAAUAGAAUCUAUUCGGAGUUUGUGCAAACGGAGGCUCCCAGGCAGAUUAAUAUCGACUGUAAGACUCGAGCGACAAUAUCAAAAAACAUCUCAGACCCAGACAUUGCCACUUUCGAUAUGGCCCAGGCCCAGAUCUACCGGCUCAUGACGAGGGAUUCUUACCCGCGGUUUUUAAAAUCUGACAUCUACCAAGCAUUGUUGCAGAAAUGAGGCCACACCCGACUUCUCAAUAGGAUUAAAAAAAAUGUCUUUCUUUAAAGAAUGCGCUUGGUUCCCAGGUAAAUGCAUGUACAUCUUCUAAACCGCCGAGUUCCCAUGGAGUUCUACCACAAUAAAGGCUGCUCUUAAUAGGCCAUUUGGAACUGAGGAACUAACAUAUUAUAGUGAUGUAGUGUAUUACACUAAACAAAAAACCAAACACACUUAUUAGAGGCCUAGAUAAACUACUACUCAUUGAGAUAUGUAACAGAAUCAGAUUUUAUACAAGCUACAUUGUUUUCCUUAAGAUAUUGUUCUUGUUGUUAAAUAAAUAAAACAAUAAAAACUUGACCCGUACCACUCAAUGUAUAUAACUCUGAAUAUACUAUGAUGUGCACUUUCUUGUGUAAUCAUAUUGACUAAAUUCAAAUUCAGAAUUAAGAAGUCAACUCAAAAUGACUUUAAAAGCACUUAAAAAAUUCAAACACAACUUCCUUUUACGCAGUCAGGAACGAGCCUGCAAAAUUUGGCAAAACAUUUUAGCUAGGUUUUGCGAGAUUGACAUAAAUAAAUGAUUAAAGACAAACCACCUAGCUGUCUUCAACAGCUGAUUCAAGCCUUUAGGAUAACUAUGUACACUUGAAAUUUCUCCACAAUACUUAAAAAUUGUUUUAGGUUAAUAAAAGUACAAGUAACAACCACUUUCUAGCUCAAAUUUGUUUUUUCUAGCUUCUAGGUCUCUAACAAGUGUAGCCCAAAAGAAUGAUUGAUUCUAUCAACAACAAUAAUGCCAACAUAAAACACCCCCCUGCUUAAUAGCACCAUAACCUGGUAACUAGCGCAUUUUAACAUAAAUGUAAUCAAGAGCGUAUCGAGACAAACAUUGACAAACAUUGUUCUGUGGACCUUGUAAUAAUGUACAGAAACUUGCAGGCUGCUGCUCACUGUAUUAGUUUGCAACAUAGAAUAUGGGAGUAGUCAAAGUUGUGGUGUGGUCAUCUUUUAAGUCUAAUAAGUGUGAAGGUUUUUUUUUUGUAAACAUGCUUUUGUUUGCAUAAAAAGACUUUUUUUCUAAGAAGUAUGUAUAUAUAAAUAUAUAUGUGUGGUGGCCUGAGAAAAUGCUUAAAAUUUUUUAUUCCACCAAAAGUUAAAACAUUUUUUAAAUAGCUUUUUAUAUAGUUUGAAUGAACCCCAUAAGAGUGACUAUAAUAAAGAAAUUCAGACAGAUAAGACAAAAAAAUGAUUUAAAUGAAAUUUUUAAAAAAAUAAAAAUAAAAAAAUGCAAAAAAUUUAACUACAUUUCAGGUUGGUAAAAAAAAUAAUAAUAAAAAAAUAGCCAGAGGAUGGGUUUUCCCAGACCACCACACAUACAUUAAACUAUUUAUUGGUGUGAAUACAGUACACAUGCUUGAAAGUCAUCAACGUAUUGUAUGCAAACUUAUCACAUUUUAUUUUUUCAAUUAAAAUUAUUAUAAGAUACUUCUUGGUACUAUACAGCAAAAUUGAAUGUUGUCUUGCCAAGAAUGAUAGCAAUGCAUCAUUUCAUCUUGGACAAAAAAAAUAAAAUGGAUUACAAUAAAAAGAUUUACAGCUCA